GGGACGCCCGGAUGUUUUGAUGUUUUUACCAUCCUUGUGGGAGGCUUCUCUCAUGUCCCCGCAUGGAGCUGGAGCUGAUAGAGGGAGCUCAUCCGCGCUCUCCCCGGGUGGGAUUCGAACCUGGCAGCUUCCAGGUCAGCAACCCAACUUUCAAGUCACGAGGCUUUUAUCCCCUAGGCCAUCGGAGGCUUUUGUUUAUUCAGCUGAAACAAACUUUUUUGAGAGGUAGAUUGUUUUGGUUUGUAGCUUUAGAGGUUUUUUGAGGACUCGACGGUUGGAAAGAGCUGGCAGGCAACCCAUCAAAAUGGGAACCAAAACCAGACUGUUUCAUGUUGACCAUAAAAGGCUUUGGGAAAAAUUGAAACAAGGGGGAAAAAUAUGCUAGAGUGGCAGAGGGAAAAAUGACGGGAGAAGGAAAAGAAGAAAGACAAGUGGAACGAAGGGUGGCCCGAAAUAGAAAAGCUGCUGGUGGAUCUUAACUGUUUUCUCCCGGGUUUGAAGUCUGCAUGAGAAAUGCCUGGUUUCUGUCUCUUUUUCCAGCCCCACCCUGUCUCUUCUCUGCUCUGCUCUCCAGGCCAAGAGCAGGGAGGGGUGGAGAGGAGCAGCGCUCAAACAUGCCAGGCAUUCGGCAGCUGUUGCUCCAACACAUGCCUGGAAGGCCUGCUCUCUCCCUGCCAAGGCUGGGUGGCUUUGGGGAGCUCACCAUGGUUUUGGGAAGUGAUCAGCGAUGAACACGGGAUUGACCCCGCUGGAAGCUAUGUGGGUGACUCACCCUUGCAGCUGGAGAGGAUCAAUGUCUACUACAAUGAAUCAUCAUCCCAAACAUAUGUGCCCAGAGCGAUUUUGGUGGACUUGGAGCCUGGAACCAUGGACAGUGUGCGAUCCGGUCCAUUCGGACAACUCUUUCGGCCUGAUAAUUUCAUAUUUGGACAAACUGGUGCUGGAAACAACUGGGCCAAAGGACACUAUACGGAAGGAGCAGAGCUUGUGGAUUCAGUGCUUGAUAUAGUAAGAAAAGAAUGUGAACACUGUGAUUGCUUGCAGGGAUUUCAGCUCACUCAUUCUCUUGGAGGAGGAACAGGCUCUGGGAUGGGCACGCUGCUCAUCAGCAAAAUCCGAGAAGAAUAUCCUGAUAGGAUCAUGAAUACUUUCAGUGUCAUGCCAUCACCUAAAGUCUCUGACACUGUGGUGGAACCCUACAAUGCCACACUUUCAGUCCACCAGCUGGUUGAAAAUACAGAUGAGACCUACUGCAUUGAUAAUGAGGCACUGUACGAUAUUUGUUUCCGCACUCUGAAGCUCACCACUCCAACGUAUGGAGACCUGAACCACUUGGUGUCUGCUACAAUGAGUGGUGUAACAACAUCAUUGCGCUUUCCAGGCCAACUAAAUGCAGAUUUGCGUAAGCUGGCAGUAAAUAUGGUUCCAUUCCCACGUUUACACUUCUUUAUGCCGGGAUUUGCUCCGUUGACGGCCCGAGGGAGCCAGCAAUAUCGGGCUCUCACAGUCCCAGAGCUCACUCAACAGAUGUUUGAUGCCAAAAACAUGAUGGCUGCUUGUGACCCGAGACAUGGAAGGUAUCUGACGGUAGCCACAGUCUUCCGAGGUCCCAUGUCUAUGAAAGAGGUUGAUGAACAGAUGCUGGCCAUCCAGAACAAGAACAGCAGCUACUUUGUGGAAUGGAUCCCCAACAACGUCAAGGUGGCUGUUUGUGAUAUAGCGCCCCGUGGUCUCAAGAUGGCUUCCACUUUUAUUGGCAACAGCACAGCGAUUCAAGAGAUCUUCAAGAGAAUCUCAGAACAGUUCUCCGCCAUGUUCAGAAGAAGAGCUUUCCUUCACUGGUUUACAGGGGAAGGAAUGGAUGAGAUGGAAUUCACAGAAGCAGAGAGCAACAUGAACGACCUUGUGUCGGAGUACCAGCAAUAUCAAGAAGCCACCGCAAAUGAUGGAGAGGAAGCAUUUGAAGACGACGAGGAAGAAAUUAACGAAUAAGGUCAAAUAAAUCCUGUUCCAAAAAUGCUCAAGUCUGAAUAGCUAGCACUUGCUCAACACUUUUCCAGGAUAGAUUUUAGGACUCUACCCAAGAAUCUGGGUCUUCUAAACCUCUACUGACUUUAGAGUGGAUGUUUUGCACUCUGUACCACAUAAUAAUCAAAGAUUCUGCUCUGGACCUCAAUCAUUUAUUCUCCUGGAUCGAGAAUUUUGUCUGAAAGUGGUAAUGCAGGUAAUAGGAGACAUAUUUUAAAAUGUCCCUGUUUCGGAGCAGAAUGUGUGUUUUUUUUAAUAGUUAUUUUCUUGAACUGUGAAUCAGAAAAAAUAAGCUCAGGCUGCAGUCUUAUGCAUAGCUCUUUGACGCAAUGGGAUGUGCAUGUAUGUAAACAUGUUUUAGACUUGCAGUGAGUGAAUAUUUUGAGUGCUAUUCUGUCCUGAGUUGCUGGGAACAAAUUCUGUUAAUAAAAUUAUUGGGAAAAAGGUA